CCUGCAGUGCACGCUCAUCAUCCCUGAGGAUGGCACAGACCGUGGCUACCACCCGGCUCUGGGAGUAGACCCCGUAGGAGGAAGACUCUGCAGGGGACAUGGUUGAUGACCCUCCGUCAUGUCCACGCCCGGUGAUCUCAGCCAGGAAAUAAUGAUGGAGGAGGCCGCACGCGAGGAAGAAUCGAUUUUACCAUUUCUGGAGGUCGCUGCAAAGGGUGACGUGGAAGAAAUCAUCAGAAGUCUCAGCGAUGACCCCAGACUUAUAAAUACUCCCCAUCCAGAGACUGGGAACACGGCCCUGAUAGUUGCCUCUGAGAACAACCAAUCAAAGGUAAUCGCCCUUCUUCUGGAACAUGGAGCAGAUGUCACCUUGUGCAAUUUUGCAGAGCAGACUGCCGUACACGUAGCUGAUGAUGGCGUCCGGGCACAGCUGCUGACCGCUGUCACCAGGACCUCAUUUCCACAGCUUUCGAUGAUGCAGGCCGCAUGGCAAGGAGAUCUGGAGAGCGCUCAGCGCCUACUGUCCUCAGACCCCGGUCAGUCUGUACACAGCAGGAACGGACAAGGCCUGACCCCUGUCAUGUUGCUUCUCCGGGAUGUAGACCUGUUUGACAAGACGCCUAUGAGAUCUGACUACAGACCUGUGGCUGUGCUUCAAGAACUUCUCAGGCACCACGUGGACCCUGCGCUCCCGGACUCCGGGGGGCGGUCAGCAAUCGACUACGUGUCAGAAAUUAAGAGUCCCCUGAGGCAGCAGCUGACAGAUGCUCUGGAGAGGUGGGCACACCCAGCAGAUGCCGAUGAUGAAGCCUCCUAUGACUUGUGUCCGGACACAGAGACAUCUUUAUGCGACGCUCCACCAGCUGGACUCUGCAGCGCUGCCAUUCACCACCAAAGCUGCGAGGAGUUGAGCAGGGAUGGGAUUUCCAGUGAUGUUUUAGAGGAGAACCAGGAUCCAGCUGCAGAGCUGGGGACUCGACCACACCGUCAAGAAGAACUUGCUUUCCAAGAAAUGGAAAACUAUCAUCAAAUGCAGGGACGGAGAAAAGACUCCCUCCCCAGGCAAUGGUUCACCGAUCCGACCCCUGAGGACUUAACCCUGCAGUCCUCCAUCAAAAGGCACCCGUCCCUUCCACCGCUUCAUAUGAAGACAGGGGGAGAUGUCAGCAAGCUGGAAAGGCUGGGGCUCGAUUACCUGGUGCAGGAGUCUAAUUCUGAACUCAACAUCUCGGAAUUUCAUUUAAAUCCAAGCCCUCUCCGUGACCUGAAAUACAUAAAGGGGCAAAUUUGGCAAAGGUUGGGCUCAUCUGAAUAUUCAAGGGACAGCAAGACUUUUCCACCGCUGAGUCAUUCCCCUCGAGCCCCUAUGCCUACCAGACUGACGCCUUUGUCAAAGAGCAGCUCCAGAAAUAAAGAAACCAAUAGAUCAAGCACUGUUUUCCGUUCUGUCCGUUUGAGUGGUGAAGGCCUGCCCCGCAAUCCUAAGCUUCAGAAACCACUGCAAAACAUAGAGGACUUAGUCUUGUCCAGAGAUUUACUUCAAGUAAGUGUUGAUAGCAGCAUUUGUUCUGAAAACCAGCACAGCCACAGGGAAGAUCGCUCAUCAAAAAGUGCAGAGGAUGGAAGCAGGGCUGGGUCUGGAAGAAAAGAGACUGCAGAGAAUAGGGAAACGGCAAGGAUUCACAUAAGCUGUCGAGACCUAAAGCCACUGCUGCAUACUAAUGGCAAGGCACAGUCAAGAAACCGCGUGGAGACGGCUGUAUCUCCUUUACACAUGGAACAGUUACAACAACAUGAAUACGGUGAAGGCUUCAUGAAAAACAGACCAAGCGAGUUGGAGAAGGAAGAUUUGCUGAGCACAAAAGAAGAGACAAAGGCGGAAAUACAAGACAAAAACAGAACAGUUGAAGAAAAUCUGGAGACUGUUCCCUCGAUCAAUGGAGAUGCCAAGAAGCAAGCAGAGCCCAAGAACAUGGACUCCUCAAAGACGCCAAAAACGGGUCAUAUUCCUUUUGUACAUAUCACAUUCUCCAAGCAGAAGCCAGAGCGAGAUAUUAACCAUCCUCCAAGCAUUCAACUUUUCACAAAACGAAAGACAAAACCUGGCUUUUUGCUGCACAAUGUGAACAUCCUUGCUCAGAAAGAAAAUGAGAAGACUAAAAAAAUCAGGAAGUCAAGAGUCACGUCUGCUCCCGAUAAUGCAAAAUCCCAAAGACCUCUGUCCAAAAGCAAUCGAAGCCAUGGGAAGAGUGUUCACUUACCCACCUUAGUAUAUUCAUCUGUGCCAUCACCUUCCAAAGUGUCCAAAAAAGCUGCCAGGUCGGCACAAGGAAGCACUGACCGAAGUAUCCACCGUUCUCAAACCCACUUGUGUGUCUAUUCACAGAAGCGAAUAAACUCUCCGAGUAACACUCCCAUCCUCCUGAGAUCAAAAUCUUCCCACGAUUUCCAGGGUAUAAAAUACAGUGAUAUGUUUGCUGAGAUAACGUCACAAGAAGACGAUGGUCCAGCCCUGUACCAAAUGUUCCCAUCUUCUGUCUACGUAAGGGCUCCCAACCCAAGUAGAGAAGUCAACUCUGCUUCCUCCACUAAAAGUUGUUCCUCAAAAGGUUCACGUGCCAGUACCUCAAGAGACAGAAGCGCGGGAUCUAAAAGACCUAAACUGAAAAGCAAGAAGAAUCCAUCUGCAACCAGCCUUCAUCGCAGAAAUUCCUCAUCGAAGCUGGAAGUUACGGAGAAGGUUGAAGACAAGACAGAGAACACAGUCAUAUCUGUUGUGGACUCAGAAACUAAAACUGAAAAACAAGAUGGAGACGUUACGCGGCGUUUGGAUGGGAUGAUGGACACCAGGCAGGAACACCCCGACUUACCCACCAUUAACGAAGCCACUAUAGAGGACACUAUUAGUGGAAACUUCAAAGGAACCAUCAAAAUGAUAAUAGAGCGAAGGUCUAGCAAUAUGGAAUCGAACUGCCCUGAAAACGGGCAUAAAGUUCUCUUACAAGAGGCCAGUGAAGUGGGACAUGUUAAAAAGGACAAUGACCUUAUCAACAGGACCUACCACAAUUCCACAAAUGAUGCCCAGGCUCCUAAAAUUGGAAAUACAUCUCCACCAUCUCAGGAAGUAAAUACUACUGAGACACGUCCCCAAUCCCAACAAGAUGAAGCCUCUGGGUACCGGGUGCCGGAUGACAAUGAUCAGAAAGGAAAUUUUGUUGACCCUGAAAGCAAUGCAGAUUCAACUUCCCAAAACAUCCAUGGGUCUCAAAAUCUUACGGACAGUGAACAUCUAAUGGCCGAACUUAUUUCUCGCCUGAAAAAGUGGGUUGAUGAACCAUCCAUUGGUGCAUCGGUGGACGACAUAGAUGAUGGCAAACAAAGUGUAAGUUCUCAUGAGAGCCAAGAUGUUGAUGGCCAGAAAGAAGCAUCAAAUAUACAACAGGUCAGCACCGACCCGAGUCUGACCGACCGAAAAUCACAAGUCAUUCGUUCCAACCCUCCUGCAAAUCACUCAGGACUCCACCACAACGAGAGCUCCAUCCACUGGAUCAAGGGGGAAGUGCUGGGGAGAGGAGCGUACGGCACGGUCUACCGUGGUCUCACAAGUCAAGGGGAGCUCAUUGCCGCAAAGCAGGUGAUGUUACAUGGCUCAGACCCUGAGGUGGCCGAAAAAGAAUAUAAAAAGCUGCAGGAGGAGGUGGACUUGUUAAAAACCUUGAAGCACACCAAUAUAGUCGGAUACUUGGGGACGUCCUUUGAGGACAGGGUGGUGACCAUCUUUAUGGAGUAUGUCCCCGGAGGCUCAAUUUCCAGCAUUGUGCGCCAUUUUGGUCCACUGCAAGAGGAUGUGAUCCGGAGGUACACGAGGCAUAUCUUGCAGGGCAUUUCUUAUCUGCACAAGAACAGAGUUGUGCACAGAGACAUCAAAGGGAACAACGUCAUGCUGAUGCCAAACGCGGUCAUAAAACUCAUCGAUUUUGGCUGCGCAAAACGUCUUAAUGGCCUGAACCUAAAUGGGACCCAUGGGGAAAUGCUGCAGUCAAUGCACGGUACGCCAUACUGGAUGGCACCUGAAGUGAUUAGCGAGUCUGGGUAUGGAGAGAAGUCGGACAUUUGGAGUAUUGGAUGCACAGUCUAUGAAAUGGCGACUGGGAAGCCACCCCUGGCUCACAUGGAGAGGAUGGCGGCCAUGUUUUAUAUUGCUGUAGAGAAAGGACUUUUGCCAACCCUUCCAGAUCACUUCUCUAAGAAAGCGAGAGAUUUUGUCAAUCUGUGCUUAACCAGGGACCAGGAGAAGCGACCCUCCGCAGAGCAGCUCCUUCAGCACGCCUUUGUUCUCUGGACCUCGUAAACCACGUACGUGCCAUCAGACUUCGCAUUCAUCCCACCCAAACCUAUCAUUUGCUGUGGACAGAGCCGGUGUCUGCUCGACUGACAUCGGUAUUGAAGGAAAAAAAAAAAAUUUCUAAGGAAUUUUUCGCACUUUUUAAUCCACAAAACUUUUAAAAUUUUCUGCUGAAAAUUCAUAAAAGUUAAAUAAAAGUAGACAUCCCAUCAUCUCGGGGGUUAAUUAGUUAACUUCACAUUUAUCUCACAGUAUAGAGGUUUCAGCAAAACGGACCGACCGUAGAGACUGUAUACCGCUUAUAUCCGAAAAAAAUAAAUAAAUGUAUGGUUACCUCAUGUUUUUUUAACCCUUGAUGUGCUCCAAUAUCACUCAGCAGAGCCUCAUCUUUGUUCAAGCUUUUCAUUGUGGAGCAGAUUCCGAAUACUGCGAGGAGCGGUCACCAGUCUCAGUAAUGAGGAAUCUUACGGGAUUUUCAGGCUCCGCACUUUGGUUCGUCACUUGCCGAGACUGAGAAUAUAAAAAACUAGGAGGGGUAAAUCUAUUCACUUUAGGGCUUGUUCACACGACCAUAUGGCUUUUUCAG